CUUCGUUUGUGCAGAAGGGACAGGAAAAGAGGCGCAGCCUCCCUCCGCCGGAGGGUGGAGGAAGGAGGAGGGUCGAAUCCGAAGAGCGCCCCAGGAUGGGAGAGGGAGUCGCCUCGGCGGCGGGUAGGUAUCUUCCACAUCAAUAGAAGAGUUGGAUCACUCAUGCACACUACAUGUCUUUUCUUUCGCCAUGGUAUUUGACACUUAAAGCAGCAAGUCUGGACAAAGUACUCAAGAGAAAACUAUUCUUUCCUCCCCCUCCCCCAAGUGGAUUGAAGUUCUAUAAUUCUACAUUUAAUAUUCAUUAAAAUUAAGAGAAGGGGGCAAUCUUUCAUCAGUACGGCACUCUCGGUGUGGGAUACAACUUUUCAGUAUUUACACUGGUCAUGUUAACUUUUCACAGAUAUCUAUCCUAAACCUGUUAACUGUUAGAUCUUAUCAAUGCAUUGCUUUUACAAUUUUGUAAGAUUUUCUGAGACAAUAGAAUCACCCAGGAAUAUGUGUGUGUCAGUAUUUUGAAGAGUGGUAAUGUGAUUGCUGUCUUAGCUCAGUUCAUAGUGCAGCCAAUUAAAAAUCACAUUAUGGCAGCAACAUAUAGGCGUGUAGUAACAACAGUGAAUUGUUACAGCAGUGUUGUGAUAGAUCGUAGACUUCAACAUGCUGUGCAUUAUUGCUCUGGAGCAUGUCGAGUAUUUAAGCAAGGAGUUAUGUGCAUAGUGGCCCACCACAGUGUUUGUGCAGAACUAAUUAAAGUCCCUACACCGAAUCUUAGAAGUUCAGAUCUGACUCACAGGCUUUCAAUGCCUGAGAGUUCCCUUGUUUUGUCUGGGGAUGAAGAUUAUAACCAAAUCCUUCCUAGUAACCCAAGACUCAAAAAGGGUUCUUCUAUUCAAAGCACUGGAAGUCUGAAAGAUAUCACUGGAGAAGCCAUAAAUCUUGCUAGUGGAAAAAUUAAAGAAUUUUCGUUUGAAAAACUUAGAAACUCUUCCAGUCAAGUGAGCUAUAGAAAGGGAAGAAAAGUUAAGUCAGACUCAUUCAACAGAAGGUCACUAGACUUUGACUUGAUCUAUGGACAUUUCAGCAAUGAUGAAAACUCCCCUCCUCCCUUUGGCCUGUCACAUCAUUCCUCAUCUGAGGAGAAAUGGCAGGUCGGCAGCACCUCAGUAGAGGGAAAUGUGAAUUCUGCAGUUCCCUUACCUGUGCAGACUUUCUCUGAAGACAGUUUUAUCACACAGAUUUUGGAAAAGCACAAGCUGGAUGGUUCUUCCAGUGGAGAUAUUAAGAUGUGCUUGGACAUCUUGCUGAAAUGCUCAGAUGACUUGAAAAAGUGUACUGAUAUAAUAAAGCAGUGUAUCAGGAAGAAAUCUUCAGGUAGUGUCAUUGGAGGAAAUGCUAAUGACCCUUUGGCCAAUUCUGAAAUGAUCUAUAUGAAUUUAAUGACAAGGUUUUCUUCUUACCUUAAAAAACUGCCUUUUGAAUUUAGACAGCCUGGGAUCACUGAACCUGGUGAUAUGGUAGAACUGAUUAACAGUUUGUCUGUUUUGCAGCAGUCUCAUUUCUCCCCAAUGUUUGGCAAUGAACAGCCACCUAGAUAUGAGGAUGUUGUAUCCUCCCCAUCCUCUGCGACAAGGCAGUCUCUCACUACAGACUUACAAGGUAUCCAGAACAGUACUGAUACAAAUACCUCAGAAAAUCCAACCCAAAUCCCCACUGUAGAUUUUCCUUCAAAUGUUUUGCAUGUCAACAACCAGCAGGAGAAUUUAGGAUCUAGAAAUGAUGCUUGUGUGCUACCUCAGUUGCUAUCUUUAAAUCCGUCAGAUUGCAUUUCUCCCAUAGAAACUCUGUACAUUGUGGAAGAAUCAGAUAGAGAAAAGGGAUUAGGCAGUGCAUUGAGUGCUAAGAGUAGAGGAAUAUGGGAGAAUUCAGAAAGCAGCCAGCAGAGAGGUGAAAGGGCAGAACCUGCGGUAGAUUCUACUAAAACAUUGCCUACUGUAGAACAACCUGUAACACUGGCCCAAACCUUCACCCCAGCAACCUCCAUCAGUCAAGGCUUUGAUGGUACUGUACAGAUUUCUAAAGGAGAAACCAGAAAAAACAAUCAAGAAGAGAUAGACAAACUUCUGUUAGAUCUGGAGCAUUUUUCACAGAAAAUGGAGACUUCUCUGCGAGAGACUUCUACAAAGCAAAGUGAUUCUUCAUGUUUGAAGGAUAUUAGUCUAUCUCUAACUCUUGAAAAUAAAGAUAAAGCUUGUUCACCUGCAGACAAAAGUGCUUCCUCCUCUUUAUCAAAACUCAUCGAAUCCAAUGGUCAUAAAAUAGAGGAAGAAGACAAAACCCUUUUAUUGCGUAUCCUGGAGAGUAUUGAAGAUUUUGCUCAGGAACUAGUAGAAUUCCGAAUGGGCAAAGGAAGCUUAUCAAAAGAGAAGGAAGUGAUGCACAUUCUUCAAGAAACUUUGGCUACUCCAUCCAUCACAGCUACCAAAGAACAUGUCCCAGGGCAAAUUCAGCAGAUGCCAGAGAUUAUCAAGGUCCAAAAUAAACAAGAGAAGAAGCCUGUGACUCCAUCCCCAGCUCCUGCAAAUUCGACAGUCAGCCCACAGUCACUUCUGCCUCCAAAUAAAGUAACUGUUGCUGCCCCUUUAUCCAUAAACAUUCCACGCUUCUAUUUCCCCAAUGGACUUCCUAAUGUCUGCAACAGCCAUGAAGAGACCAUUGUCAAGAUUGAGGCAGCUUUUUCGGAGUUUGAAGAUGAGAGAGCCCCUCUUAAUGAAAUGGGGAAAAUUGCAAAGAUAUGCUGCUGCCCCCUGUACUGGAAAGCUCCCAUGUUCAGUGCAUCAGGAGGAGAGCGGACAGGAUUUGUAUCUGUACAUUCUUUUGUCGCCAUGUGGAGAAAGAUACUACACAAUUGCCAUGACGAUGCAUCGAAAUUCAUUUGUCUUUUAGCAAAACCGAACUGCAACUAUCUAGAACAAGAAGAUUUCAUCCUAUUAUUACAGGAUGUAGUAGAAACUCACCCUGGAUUGACAUUUCUAAAGGAUGCUCCAGAAUUCCAUUCCCGCUACAUUACUACGGUUAUUCAAAGAAUAUUUUACACAGUCAAUAGAUCCUGGAAUGGGAAAAUAUCUCUGACAGAGUUGAGGAAAAGUAAUUUUCUACAAACCUUAGCCCUUUUGGAAGAAGAGGAAGACAUAAAUCAAAUCACUGAUUAUUUUUCCUAUGAGCACUUCUAUGUCAUUUACUGUAAAUUCUGGGAAUUGGACACUGACCAUGAUCUCUACAUCAACCAGAAAGAUCUAGCUAGAUACAAUGAUCAAGCUCUGUCAAGCAGGAUUAUAGAGAGAAUAUUCACUGGAGCUGUGCUUAGAGGAAUUCAAACACACAAAGAGAACCAGAUGAGCUAUGCAGACUUUGUAUGGCUUCUGAUUUCUGAAGAAGAUAAAAGAAGCCCCACAAGUAUUGAAUACUGGUUCCGAUGCAUGGAUUUGGAUGGCGAUGGCAUGCUCUCCAUGUAUGAACUGGAGUAUUUUUAUGAGGAACAAUGUGAGAGGAUGGAAUCCAUGGGCAUUGAGCCGUUGCCAUUCCAUGACUUACUGUGCCAAAUGCUUGAUUUAGUAAAGCCAGAAAGUGAGGGAAGAGUAACUCUGCGAGAGUUGAAGAGAUGCAGAAUGGCGCCUGUAUUUUAUAACACAUUCUUUAACUUGGAAAAGUACCUGGACAAUGAGCAACGGGAUCCCUUUGCUGUGCAAAAGGAUGUUGAGAAUGAUGGUCCUGAGCCCUCUGACUGGGACAGAUAUGCUGCCGAGGAGUAUGAAAUUCUUGUUGCUGAAGAGUCUGGCAAUGAACAGUUACAAGAAGGAUCCUUUGAUGAUGACUAUGAAACAGAUGAACUCUUAUCUCUAUCUGAAAUUGGAGAAAAAUCAGAUAAAUUAGUUAUUUCAGAUCUUUCAGCGUAGAAAUAUUGGAAAUCCGUCCCUAAGGUCUGUCAGUAUUACAUGGAAGAGAAUCUUCAAUUCUUGCAUUUCACAAAUUACUUAAUUGUUUCCUUGAAGAAACAAACAACCAGUCUUUGAAACUAUAACAUGGAUUUUUUUAAAAAAAAAUUAAUUGCUUGCUUCUGCAGUAUGGCAACUUCCAAAAAUAUGGUGGUGUGUGCGCAAAUGUGCAGAAACAAGAAAAGCUGCACUUCACUGUAAAGCACAAAAAAGGUGAAAAAGUAUCUAUUUGCAGAAAAACAACGAAUUUUAAACAAUUUCAAUACUUACUUUGUUUCCUGCAUUAUGGAUUCUUUCCCCUUCUUUUAUAUUUAGAAACUGUACCUUCAGUUCCUUCUUGCCUUGCUACAUAACUACAGUAACUCUCAUAACAUUUUGAUGAAUUCAAAAACUGCAGUCUUUUUCCCCAGAAAUAUUUCUAGGUUACUUCUGUACCAUGUAAGUUUCACAGAAUAAGAUUCAACAGGAAAAUUAGAAACUAAAAUGGAAUAUCAAGAGAUGAUUUAAAUCCAGUAUCAAGUUCUUGGGUUGUACUUGUUUUUUAAGUUUAUUCUGGAAAAGACAGCUAUCCUAUUCAUCGCUGCUCUUCACAGGAGGAGCUUUUAGUUAGGGAUGUUCUACACAAAGUUUGUGAGCCCCAAAUAUAUGUUUAGCCUUAGCGCGUGCAAAUCUCUGUAGUGACACAGUGUCAUUAUGUCUUAUUCCCACAUAAUUUA